AUGCGCCUAUGGAGCAGCAAAGGCAGUCGAUGCCUUUUGUGCACACUGCAGCCAAUAGUCCGUCCUGCGAAUCGGACCUUUGCAACUUCGCCAGUGCUGCUGAGAAAAGCUAAUAGAGGCAAUCGGGCCAAGCAAGAGCAAGGAAAGAAUGCAUCUCGUGCUAAGUCUCCUCCCACAGAUCGCCUAAGAUCGACCGGACCUGAUUUUGUGGCGGUCGUCAAACAAAGUCUCGAAGGCUAUCGCACCAAGCUCACGAGAGCGAAAGACUGGACAUCCUUGAAGAGGUGGGAUGCCUUUGAAAGACAGGUGCUGAACGCAUGCAAACUAGACGAUCGCAAAACUCCUCCAGCCGCGGGUGCCUUGCGCCGCCUCAAGAAUGCCCUGCAUCAGGCCUACAGCAAUUAUGGAGUCAGGGGACUGAGAGAUGAGAUAGAAUUCCAGACGUACUCGGAAGAUAUCACGGCGGAAUAUGGGACACCGAACCAGGUCCGGCAGAAGAUAUUGGCUGACAUGCGACGUCCGACGGAGUUGUUCCCGCAAGCGCGCGCCAUCCAGCGCACAAUACACUUACACGUCGGCCCCACCAACUCGGGGAAGACGUACCAUGCACUAAAACGCCUGCAAGCGUCCAAGUCUGGCUUCUAUGCUGGACCUUUGCGACUAUUGGCCCAGGAAGUGUACCAGCGCUUUACGACGGCCGGAAUCCCCUGCAGCUUGAUCACUGGUGAUGAAGUUAAGAUCUACGAAGGUGAUGGUGAUGAAUCGGCAGCGAUUGUUAGCAAUACGGUGGAGAUGUGUAGCAUAGGACAGUCAUAUGAAGUCGGUGUCAUCGAUGAGAUCCAAAUGAUCAGUGAUACUCGGCGUGGGUGGGCUUGGACCCGUGCUUUCCUGGGUGCUCGCGUCCAAGAACUUCAUCUCUGUGGUGAACUGCGAGCGGUUCCUUUGAUUCGAGAGCUGGCAGCUCUAACUGGUGACAAACUCGAGAUCCACCGCUACGAACGACUGAACGAAUUGAAAGUUGCCAAGCAGAGUCUCGGAGGCAACUUAAACAAUCUUCAGAAAGGGGACUGUGUUGUCUCCUUCUCGCGUCUUGGAAUUCACGCUCUGAAAGCACAGAUUGAAAGGACCACGGGGAAACGAGCAGCUAUCGUCUAUGGGAGUUUGCCGGCCGAAAUUCGAACCCAGCAGGCUGCACUCUUCAACGAUCCGGACAAUGACUACGACUUUCUAGUUGCUAGCGACGCUAUUGGCAUGGGUCUCAAUCUGAGCUGCAAGCGUAUCAUUUUUGAAACCGUGACCAAGCAGCUCCCGCAAGGGCUUGUGCGGCUCACUGUACCAGAGAUCAAGCAGAUCGGAGGACGAGCAGGUCGUUACAGGCCUGCUGUGCAGCACGGGAAAGUUUCUCAAAAUGAUAAAGAAGACAAUGUCGGUUGGGUGACAUCCCUCGAGGAAGUUGAUCUACCUUACAUCAAGCAGGCAAUGGAGAUAGAGCCCCCUCCCCUUGUUGCCGCGGGCUUGCAGGCUCCGGACUCUGUCUUCCAGAAGUUCUCGGCUCAUUACCCGGCGAACACCCCCCUGGAAUACUUGAUCAAGCGCAUUUGGUCGCUCGCACAAGUACAUCCAUUAUUCUUUUUGUGUGAUCCUCGCGCUCAGCUCGAAAACGCUGAGGUCAUUGAUGCCGUCGAAGGGCUGCGCAUACCUGACCAACUGACUCUCAUGGCCGCACCUAUGUACGUCAAGGAUGUCAUCGGCAAGGAUGCAGCUAUUGAGUUCGCUCGCGCCGUUGCUGAGAACUCGAACGGUCAUCUCAUAAGCUUUUCGAGCCUCAAUCUGGAAAUCCUCGAAAAAGAGGUUUCAGCCAACAAACAGUACACCCUAGAUUUGGAAUCUCUACACAAGUCAAUCGUCUUAUAUCUCUGGCUGAGCUUCCGUUUUGGCGGCAUUUUCACAGACCGAACUCUGGCCAUGCACGUUAAGGAGUUGUUGGAAGAAAGGAUGGUCCGGGCUCUGACAGAAUUCUCCGCCAACAAGCAGCUCAGAACGGACUCUUCUCUCCGACGGCAGCUCGCUAUCGAGAGACAGAGUUUGGAACAACAGCAACUGUUGGCCGAGUUCGCCGAUACGACCUAUGGUAGCGGCAUGGCUUCGCUUGAUGAUCAAGCGCAAGACGACGCGCUACACACAGACGACUUACUGGAAGACCCUGUGCUGGACGACCCUAUGGAAGAUGCUAAUCUGCAGGAAGAGGGUGCCCAGGAAGAUGGUGCCCAGGAAGAUGGUGCCCAGGAAGAACCCGCCCAGGAGGAACAGACCCAGGAACAGUCAAGAGCCCAAGGAGGAUCUCACUAG